AUGGCGGACGGGGAGCGCUCGCCGCUGCUGCCGGCCGAGGCGGGGCCGGGGAGAGGUGGGGCCUGCGCCGCGGGGGCGGGCCCUCCGGCGGUGUUGCCGGGGGAAGCCCCGCCCCCUUACUCCCCAUUGGGCAGCCCGGAGGGGGGGGCGGGGCCGGCGGUCACGUGCCGCGUCUGCCAGCGGCCAAUCAGCGUCGAGGGGAAAACCCACCAGCACGUGGUGAAGUGCGGGGGCUGCGGGGAGGCCACGCCAAUCCGCACGGCCCCCGGGGGGAAGAAGUACGUGCGCUGCCCCUGCAACUGCCUCCUGGUCUGCAAGGCCUCGUCCCAGCGCAUCGCCUGCCCUCGGCCUUACUGUAAGCGCAUCAUCAACCUGGGCCCCGUCCAGGCGGGGGCCCCCAGCCCCGACCCCCCCCCCGGGGGCGUCCGUGUGGCCUGCGGGCACUGCGGGGGGCCCUUCCUGUGGGCGGAGUUUACCGACCGCACCCUGGCCCGCUGCCCCCACUGCCGCAAGGUGUCCGCCAUUGGCCGCCGGUUCCCGCGGCGACGCUGCCUCUGCUGCCUCCUGCUGGCGCUGCUGAUGGCCGGGGCGGCGGCCGGGCUGGCGGUGGGGACGUGGGGCCCCGCCCGCCGGUUCCGCUCCCUCCACGCCGGUUGGGCCCUGCUGGGGGCGGGGGCGGGGGCGUGUCUGCUGCGGGCGGCCUAUUGGGGCUGCGUCCGCGUCAGCCAGCCCCUCCCCCCCCGCGCCUGACCCCGCCCCCGCGCCCCACCCCUCUCCACGGGAGAGGAGACC